GCAGACGGUCUAGGCAGGCCGCGGCUUGCUGCUGCUGCUCCUGCUGCGGUUGUUACGAAGUCUUUCUCUAUCGCAGUCGGCGUCUGUCCUGUCGUUCGUUUGGCAGGCUGGCGGUGAUCUGUGGCAAGCGGCAGUUUUGACGCGCCAGUCGUUGCGAUAGCAGCUCUGUGAAGCUGGCUGAAGCGGAUUGAUCGCGGUGUGCUUUUCUCCGAUCAUUUUUGGGCGAUUUUUUUGUUUGUUUUUGCGGAAUAUGUGUGGUUUUGAAUGGUGAUUCCUGGAGUUUUCAAAGAAUUUAUUAGGAUUAUGGAAAAUUAUGUCUUGAAUUGAAAAAGAUCAAUCCAACUGAUCUGUUGUCAUAUCAUGAAAACACCUGCCAUAUUGCUGACAGGAAACCUGAAGUGGACUAGUGUGACAUGUUUGCACUAAAAAAUAUUUCUAAUGUUGCUGUCAGAAGACAAAAGAGUUUGACGUAAAUGGAGUCGCACUAUCACUGGCUAGUUACAGUCGGACUCGUCACGUCAUCUGUCAUAGCUGUCACAGCUAACGCAUUCCUUCUACUCGUCUUCGCAAGAAGACGCAGCUUACGUACGGUACCUAAUAGAUUUGUAAUAAACCUGCUAGUAACCAACCUUCUCUCCAGCCUUCUUCUCAUCCCUCUACUCCUGGUGGACCAAGAUGCCUUCCCCUCAUCCCAAAACAUCAUCACGGACCACAACCGAACCAUCGAACGUAUCGAGGAAGGCGUCCUCAUCAAAGAAGAAAUCAUCAGCUCUAACCACAACGUCAAAAUCAUCGAAACCAGCCAGAAAUUCCUCCAAGAAAAAAUCCUGGAAAACGCAGCAACUCCAAACCACCAAGAGACUCUCUGCUACUUUGCUCAGGCCAGCACCAGCUUCGUCUGCACAGCGUCGAUUUUCAGUAUACUUAUCAUCGGAAUCAAUCAGUACUUCGGAGUAAUUCACUCGCUGAGAUACCAUUUUUAUAUCAACAAAUUCAGAGCGUCGAUUUUUAUAUUGAGCAGUUGGCUGGCGGCUUUUGUCUGCGCGGUUUUGAGUACUGUAACGUACUCGGACAGUAGUCUUUGGCAUUUUUGUUCAAGGAAGUACAGCCAAAAUAAUACAGAGAAAGCGAUAAAUACUACUUACGCUUUCGGAUACUUUUUGGUGGUGAUUUUAGCACCGUUCGUAGCAAUUUGCAUCAUAUACGUUUGCAUUUAUACUGCGGCGCAUCAGAACAGCGAACGUAUGCGCAAAAGCACGUCCGCUUCAUCACCUUUAGACUCGAACCAAGCGGAGUCAGCUGAUCGUCCGAGAGACAGAGGUGAACGUACUUUACCGAAAGUACAUUCAGCACCGAAUUUUUCGUCUCUAGAAAACGGUAGAGUGCACCUAGCGAUCGAGGAAGUUAAAAUUCCUCGCGUAAAGCGAACAAUUAGUGAUAGAAAUAAUUUUAUAACUAAUUUAAAACACAAGAUAUCAAACGCUUCGUUGUUCAGGUACAGGGAGGAGACCCGAGCAGCUAAAAUAAGCGUCCUGGUCAUCUUUAUGGUACUGAUCUGUUAUGUACCGUACGGUUUAACUUUAGUAUUAACUUCCGGAUGUAUCCGGAUCAAUCCUGGUCAAAUUUUCAACUAUCUUUCGUUAGUAUUAUUAGUUAUUUCCAACGUUAUGUCACCGUUUUUGUUCGGUUACAGGAACAAACGAGUAAAGAGGGAAAUAGGAAACAUGCUAGGCUUAGUUCCGUCUUCUCAAAAUUUCUCUUUUAUCGAUAACAGUUAUAAGCCGCAAAAUAAUCUAUCCAGAAACAGGAGUUUCGAGGGUAUUCACGAAACAAUGAACGAGAACGUGGAGCCUCUGCUGGAGGACGGUGGCAUCACCAUACCGGAAGUAGUAGUAACUAAUAAGCCUGAAAAUGAGAGGAAGAGUAUUUUGAAGCGGGUAGGGUCGACCUGGACGAGUUACAAGAAAUGUAACUUUAUAACAGUGCCCGAUAGUUGUCUGAGCGAUGCUAGGGGCUCGUUUUCGAGUGCCAGCACCCAAGUCUCGAACGACGAGUAGAAUGAGUUAGAGGUGGGGAGAACUGUUAUUUUUACGUAACUGUUACUGUAACUGUUAUGUACAGUUGAGUACGGCUCAAAAUUUAUACGUCCCAAGGAGCAUUUUUGGACACAUUUUAGGUAAUGUUUCUAAAACUCGUCUCUGUUUUUGACAGAAAAUGGAAAUUUCGAAACCUAUAUAUUUUACAUAGCUUUAUUACAUGUGUUUCCAAUGUGGUGACACAACUCAGCCAUUUCUUGAAAUGUUUCGAUGUGGAAUCAAAACUUUUAAAGGAAAUGUUUCGAAACAUUUUCUGCAAUUUGUGUCCAAGAUGUUCCCGUUUUCAGCAGCCACUGUUUCUAAAUGUUAAGAAACAAAAUACCAUACUAAAAUAGUAUAUGUCUGUGUGUGGAUUUUAAAAUGAAAACAACCACAUCAGCGAUGUCGACAAACAAUAUGUGUUUUUAGGUUUUCUCGUCCAAAAAAUGUUUGACAAAAGCAAAUUCGUUGCUUAAUUUAAUAAUGUACUUUCAUAUUUUUAAUGCUCUUUCUAUACAGUAUGUCCCCGGAUUGUCUUUACAAGAGGAAAAGUUUUUUUAUUAUUGACAUUUUGAGAAAAAUG